AUGGCUGGAAGAGGACGUGCACGUGCGCCUGGUGAAUAUAUUAAUCUGCCUUCACAUGCCGCAGCUGAUGUGGAUGCCUAUUUUGAAUAUAGAGCAAUUGUUGGUGAUGAUGAUGGUGGACAAACGUUUACCCCAGAAGAAUACGACGAAUAUAAAAAACGAGUUUUACCAAUGCGUCUUCAUAAUCGAUUGUAUGUAUCAUGGGUGAAUCCUCAGGGGAUGGAUUGUAUCUUGGUUGGACCUCAACAUAAAUGUCUUUGUCGACACAAAUUUUCUGAACACAAAACUGAUUUUGCCGAGAUUCCAACAGAACGUCCUAUCCUGAUGUCAUGUCGUCAAUCAGGUUGUCGUUGUGUUUCGUUUGAAUAUGUCGCCAAUGCAUCGGGUACAAGUGAUCCAAAUUGUCGCUGUAAACAUUCUCUUGAUAAUCAUGCCACUAGACCUCCAUAUAAAUGUCAAAAAAAUUGUAAUUGCACUGGUUUCUCUGCUCCGUUUACAUGUACAUGCGGCGAAUCCGCUAACAAACACGUAACUCUAGUGGAAACGAAAGAAGAAAGAGAGCAAAGAGGACAUCCGACAGGUUAUGCAACGCCCUACAAAGCCAUGGGCGGCUUGACAGGCUUCAGUUCGUUGGCUGAAGGUUAUCUCAGACUGGAUCCAAGCGGGCGUGGUCGACCUGAUGAUGAGUUUCUCAAUCAACCGAUAACUGCUAUGGAUCAUCCUAUACUUCGUUCACAUGCAUCACAUGAUCCUAACAGUGCUGAAGCUCGAUCCCAAAUGAGACGGCCAGGUGAAUCCGAAUUAGAUUUCUAUGAACGUCGUUACCAAGAACGACAACGACUUUCACGCAGUAUUCGUGCACCACCUAAUCCCUAUGACGCUGAUGCUCGAUUAACAACUGGUACACGAAACGAUAGAUCACCACCACGUCGUAUCACUGGCAGCAAAAAAUGA